AUGUCAGAGCCCAGAGUUGGAUCAGAGGAGGACAGCAGCAGCUGUGGCGGUGCAGAUGUUGAAAAGCAUCUGUCAUGUCCUAGCUCUGGCCUUGUCGCAGCUAGAUUAACUAUUGUAGUUGGAGAUACACACUUCUCUGAGGAGAAAAUGUUACUUGUUCAGAGCUGUGACUAUUUCCAAGCUCUGUAUCGAUCUGGAAUGAAGGAAUGUCAGCAGGAUGAAAUCCACCUGAAGUAUCUGCAUGCUCGAGGCUUCCUUAUUGCCUUGGCUGUUUUACGCGGAGAGAUGCCAAUUUUGGAUGGAGACGACAUUGUUGAAGCCAUUGAAUGCGCUGCGUUCUUGCAAGUGAUACCACUCGCCAAGCAUCUUAUCAACCUCAUUGACCCUGACAACUGUUUACUGAUGUAUCACACAGCUGCCACCUUCGGUCUCAUGGAUCUUUACCACGCUGCUGCACUGUUCAUUCGAGACAUGUAUGGUGACCUGGAAGCAGAGGUCAGGAAAACUUUACCAUCAGAGCUUACCUCUUACAUUGAGUCUUUGACCCCAAGUGUUUUUGUGGCUGUGGGGGCUCAUGUGACCUGUGGUGCAGCUGAAACUGUCCACGCAGCCUCCAGGACGGUCUGCUAUUUGGAUGAAACUGCCAAUACCUGGAAAGUGUUAACAGAUCUUCCACUAGAAGCCAGCACCUCCAUGGCAGGAGUAACAGUUUUAGACAACAAACUGUACAUCAUUGGAGGUGUCCAUGGACUUCACAAACAAGUUGCAGGAUCUUUUUGUUACAACCCUGAAAACAACAGCUGGAGCAGGAUUGCCAGUCCGGCUCAGCUGCGCUAUAAUCUCAGCCUUGUAGGCGUAGACGGUUGUCUUUAUGCCAUUGGAGGAGAAUAUGAGCGGACAACAAUGUCCUCUGUGGAAAUAUACAAUGUGAAGACCAGAGGUUGGACAUUUGCUGCUCACUUACCGCGACCAGCAGCAGGAGCUGCUUGUACCAAAACCAUGGGUAGAAUAUUUGUUUGUUUAUGGAGGCCUAUGGAGACCACAGAGAUCUACGAGUAUGUCCCAGGGAAGGACGAGUGGAGGCCUGUUACCACGAUGAUCAGGCACCAGAGCUACGGACACUGCAUGGUCGGCCACAGGGACAACCUAUACAUCAUGAGAAAUGGCCCAUCUGAUGACUUCCUAAGAUGUUUGAUGGACUGUUACAACCUAAGCUCCGGCCAGUGGUCCUCCCUGCCGGGACACUUUGCCAACAGCAAAGGCUCCUUGUUCACAUCUGUAGUGAGAGGUAACUCCGUGUUCACGCUCAACAGAAGCAUGACACUUGAAUACAUAGUUGACGGUAAAAGUUGGAAGCCCAGGAGACAGUUGAAGGGCUUCCCCAGAAGUGGAUCUGUGUGGACAUUUCUGCUCCGACUACCAGAAACUCUCAUGCUGAAAUAGUGACUUUGCUUGCGGUCAUAUUUUUUGGUUUGCCAACAUAUUUUUACCCUAAAACAAGUAUGUAUUUUCUACUGCCCAGUGAAUUCAUGCAUUGAACUUCCUACAUUGUUUGCAGAUCCUGUAAUUGAAUACAGGGCACAAGUUGGAUUAUAAUGAUAAUUCUCAUGGCUCCUUUUUUGAAGUAUGAAAAUUGGAGCUUCAUACAUUAUAUUUAUCAUGAUGGAUCCAUUGUGCAUGGGUGUUUUAACCUAUAGUAUUUCUUAACUAAUGUUACUUCUCAACUGCUCCCAACAUAUCUUUAAAUUCCUUUUAGCUUGGCUAUGUUGGUGAGGACAUUCCUUGACAUAACACCCUAACCUAAGCCAUCAUAAACCGAAUUUAAAUGGAAGUUUGUGAAAGAAAAUUCCCCAAGAUCCUCCUGAAAUUUUGCAUUCACAAGCUAUGGGCUGUAACAUGUUCGUUUGACUACCAAAUAUUAGUUGAUUUGCCCGCGAGUCCAAAUAAAUGCUUGUGCCAAAUUUAAAUAAAUUCUCUCAAGGCAUGAUAAUGUCUUCCAUUUACAAGAAAAUUUUUAACCGAUUUUGACAUUGUUGCAUAGUUUAUACUGACUGACAUUUAAGGACCCCAUAUGAGGACCCCGUGUCACAUCAUUUACAUAGAGUAUAUUGUAGAGUAAAAAAAAAAAAAAAAAAAAAAA